CCAAAAGAAAAGCUGUUCCAAACCCUAAAACAAAACCCCUCUUCCAUUAUUCGAUCUAAUAAAGAUGCUAAGAGUUUUUGUUUGCGUCUCUUCCAUUAUUCGAUCUACUUCCGCCUCCACCUUCUUCUCCAUCAUCUACACACAUGUCUCAUCCUAAUCUAUUCACCUCUCUUCUUUUCUUGGUUGAUUUACCUUCAGGUAAUAGGUUUUUAGGUUUGCUUUUUAGGGUUUUUAAGUUCGCAGGAGGUCCUGAAAAGGAAAGACUAGCAAUGGAGUAUUUGGAGAGAAGAGAAUGGCAGUAUGAUCUAAAGACAAGUAUAGACUUUUACAGGGAAGAUGACCCUCUUAAACCAGUAGUAACCAGGUGCUUGGUGUUCACAUCCACUCCAUGCAAACUAUCAAAUAAAUAUUGGGCCAGCUCCACCUGAGGAUAUGAUGAGGCAAGUUGAGACUGCAUUUGGGUAUGGCCAGUGGCUUCAUCUAGACGUUGUAGCAGAUGUAACAGUAUAUCAUUUUUGGGCACCCUUUUCAUUCACCAUUUCGAUUUUAUGAGUCAUUGAUCUUUUAUUUGCUGAAAGUAUAUUUGGUUAUGAAUGCAAUGGCAGUUGUUAUGUCUUAGUAUUUAGGAUAGAUUAGUGAAUCAAUUGUGAAGCGGUUGUACGAUAUAAAGGCCAAUAUGCUGAUCAUCACACAAGAUGCCAUGACGGUGGAGAUGUUCAAAUUUUUCAUGGCUAUAAGAAACAGCAAUAAACUCAACGUAUUGCACUUUUUGAAUGAACAUUAGUUUCUUCAUCGUAAUGUUUACUUUAUAGUGAAAAAUAAUUUACUUGCUAACUCUGGAAGUACUACCUCAUUACGUGCUUCGAUGCUGUUUUUUUUCUUUUUACUAUUACAAGGAUCUACAAUAGUGUUUUUCCUCUCCCAAAAUUAGAAUGGAACGGAGAAAAUGUGUAUUAGUCCAAUAGAGUACUCUUUGUUGUUUAUUAUAUGCUCAUGCAUUUCCUAUAGUAUUGUUAAAUUUGAGCCAA